UCGCUUCUCAGGAUCAUAAGAGUAGAUCCCCUGUCCUCUAUUCAGACAUGGAUAAACAGCAUUGGUUUUUUCGCUGAUGAUGUAUGAAUACAAGAACGACUAACUCAAGAUAUUCCCCUGAUAGAGAAUUUAUGCAUAGGUUUGAGUCUGCUCCUGAAUCUUCAUGCCUAUAAGCUCAUCCAAACUCAAAGGAUCUUCAAAGGCUGUGAUGUUGGAAUAACACAUAAAAGAAUACGAAAUGUCAGAGCUGCCAUAGCCUUUAACUAUUCUAAUCGGAUCUGGUAUUUAAUUUAUGCCUCCAUACAGCAUUUAGUAAUCCGCAUCAAGUUAUAAGGAGUGCAGUUUUACUUACUUUUUGGUC